AUGUCCGGCUGGUACCAUCAGAGCUACAGCCACAGCCACAGCCACAGCCACGGGGGAAGAAGCCUCAACGGGCAUAUACUACCAACAUCUACCUACUGGAAGCAGGCGACCAAUAUGACUGCCGCAGAUCAGGAGGAAUACAACGAUCUGCUCCAGAGCGAAUCUUUCAUCGUCAAAGGAGCAGCUCUCAAAGCCCCAAGCAACCACCAAGUCUACAAGGAUUGUGACGUCCAAGCCAGCUGGGCAAAAAUACAUCUUCCUCAUGGCUCUCUACGAAAACAAGGAACCGAAGGUCCUCCAAGGCCGCCUCCAGAAAGAGUUCAUUUCGCUGGGGGUCGCCGACUUCACCCAAAGAUACCGCGAGUAUCGCCCACUCACCAAGUCGACCAAGAAGAGAAAGAGUGGUGA